AUGUUCGGCGGCGGAGGAGCCGCGUCGCCCUUCGGCGGCGGCGGCACGCCCGCGUUCGGCGCCCAGCCGCAGAGCUCGGUGAGUCCACUCCCCGCCACCUCGCCGUGCCGCGAUCUCCCCACGCCCCGCACCGUUAAUCACGCGACGAGCGCAUCCCUCAGAUCCGCGCCUGACCUCUCCGGCGUCCUCCCCUCGAUCGCAUCGCAGCCCUUCGGAGCGCAGCCCGCGGCGGGCGGAUUCGGCGCGCAGCCCGCGGCGGGCGGAUUCGGCGCGCCCGCGGGAGGCGGCGCGUUCGGCGCGCCCGCGGCGACGUCCCCGGGCGGAGGAUUCGGCGCCCCAGCCAGCGGAGGAUUCGGCGCCCCGUCGUCCGGCGGCUUCGGCGCCCCAGCCGCGACGCCCACGAGCGGAGGAUUCGGCGCCCCGUCGUCCGGCGGAUUCGGCGCCCCAGCCAGCGGAGGGUUCGGCCAGCCGUCCCCGUCCCAGGGCGCGUUCGGCCAGCCGAGCCCAUCCGCGGGGGGUGGCGCGUUUGGGCAACAAGCCGGCGGGGGGGGCGGCUUUGCGCGAUCGCCGACGACGAGCGCGUUCGGGGCUCCGUCGACGCCAACCGCGGGAGGCGCGUUCGGCGCGCCCACCGCGGGUGGCGCGUUCGGCGCGCCCACCGCGGGAGGCGCGUUCGGCGCGCCCUCGUCCGGCGGCAGCGGCGCGUUCGGCGCGCCCGCGGGCGGGGGUGGCGCGUUUGGUCAGCCCGCGGCGGGAACGGGCGCGAGCCCGUUUGGGGCGCCGUCGCAGUCGGGCGGGUUUGGCGCGCCCGCGGCGGGAACGGGCGCGUUCGGUGCGGCGUCUCCCGGCGGAGGCGGCGCGUUCGGCGGGCCCGCGAGCGGCGGCAGCGGCGCAUUCGGCGCGCCCGCGGGCGGGGGUGGCGCAUUCGGUCAGCCCGCCGCCGGCGGGGCUUUCGGAGCUCCCGCGCAAUCGUCUCCCGG